AUGUCCACUACGACCAAAGUCACAUCCCUAGACUCGCAGUCCGAUGGCCCAUCAGUGCCAAAUCCGACGCCAGCUACUGAGCCCGUCGGUAACCCCUUUGAGCCCAUCGACCCUCCCCCUGAGAUGGACUAUACGGCUGUCGCCAAGAUCCUCGGCCCUAUCCAGGAGUCGCUCAACGAGGCCGCUAUAGAGGCCGACUACCCGUCCCCACCCAUCAACACGCCUGUAUUCGGCUCUCCAGCUCCAUCUGUGGCGUAUCGCCACCCCAUGACCCGCGGUCGCGGCUUCAGCGUGAUCGGCGAUAGACUCGCGCAGCUGAAGAUCAACGACCGCAAGCUCCGUCACCGUGAAGCAGACGUGGGAUCUAGCAAUUACUCGCCCGAGGCAUCCAUCGCCGAGGACGAGGAGGCCGAUAUUGCGAGCAUCUCCGAGAUGCUGAGUGACAGCGGUAGGGACAAGCAAGGUCCCGGACAUGCUCGUAAGACUCUUGAUCCCAUCGAUGUGAUCGAGGGCUCAUUGCCUAUCGCUUUAGGUUCUCCUGCCGUGAACCCGCGCAUCGUGGAGUACCUGACCUUCACCUCUGAUGACUUGCCUACAAACUCGGUUGCUCCUUGUUUCCCUUCUACGCUCAUGAAGACGAGCACCGGGUCGCUCAAGACCGUCAUUGACGGCAGUGACCGCAAUAGCGAGAAGAGCGAUGGUGUCACUGAGAAGAGCAACUGGGCCGAAGAGAUUGAGGAGGCCGUCGAUCGCACCUGUCUCCGUCUCGAGCAGCUGGCUGACGACGAGUGGAAGCGAGAUAGCAGCAAAACCUUCGCCGAAUACUACGUCGCUCGCCUUGAGCGCCUGCUCGGCAGCGACAAGCGGGCCGUCCCUGUUAGCGUUCAGAAGAACAAGGAGGCGAGCGAGUAG